AAAUGCACUAUUUGACUUUCUCCCCCUCAGACGGCGCACAUAAACAAAGCCGCGUUACAACUCCACACUUUGCAAAGCACUCAGCAGCACUGAAUGAAACAUUCGCCGCUCACGAGAACGGACGCAGACACAGUCCUUUACCUGGGAGUUUUUUAUUUUCAACUACUUUGUGAACUUUACCUAAAGUAGGGAGAAGAACAAGAAACUUUUUUUUGCUCGCCGAUGCAACACGUUUCUCUCUACACUACAGCUAAUAGCUUUAAAAAUAUUUUUUAUCUUUCUUACCUCGACUCUUUGAGAUUAUUCUGGAUGGAGAUAGGAUACUUUGUGGGAGGUUAUUACCACAUGUAAAGACGGAACCGCCACAGCAAACAGGUUCGGAAGAGCGCGCCCAGCCGAGCUUGGAGCCCCGGCGAUCGGACACUUCCUCAGCGACGCCCGCCGAGUCCUCCCCGCUCCAGGAGCCCUGUACCGGCCGCAGCCACGCCACCCCUCAACCCCGGACACCCAGCACCAUUCAGCGCGAGGCUCUUUCACCAGAUCUAUGGCAUUCUGACAAUGAACAAGCGCGCUCAGUUAUUGGAACAGCUGCAGUUUGUCCAGUUGAAAUGCACUUCUCGAGACAUGCCCUGUGUGCAGGCUCAGUACGGGCCCACCCCUCCAGGCUCAGCCUACUCGGGCCAGUCCUUCAGUUACCAGGGCGACAGCUACAGCUCUGACCUCAUGACCUCUGACUAUACCAAGCUGGACCUUGGUGGUGGUGACAUCUCUGCGGCAGCCGCCACCACCUCCCUCCCCAGCUUCAACGUGUUUGUAGAGGGGAGCUACGAGCCCAAGUCGUCGUGCCUGUACCAGAUGCCUCCUCACAGGCCCACUAUCAAGAAGGAGGAGGAGAGCUACCCUACUGCUCCACCCCUGGAGGCCAUGUCCUCCUCCACAAUGUACUUUAAACAGUCCCCACCCUCCACCCCGACGACACCGUCCCUGCCACCCCAGCCUGGCACCUCCUUCCUGUGGGAGGAGCACCCCUUGGCCCCUCCAUCGCACUCCCACUCUCUGGGCUCCAGUCUGGAGACAGGUGCCCUAAAAUCACCCCGUUUCCCGCACUUCUACCAGCACUCGCCGCCUCACAGUGGCAGCAGCGUGGGGGGCUACGAGGGUCUGGGGGGAGGACUGGUUCGCACCUCAUCCUCCUCCUCCUCCUCCUCUUCCUCAGUCUCCCAUCCUCACGGCCCGCCCCUGGAGCAGCCCAUGUAUCAGCUGCACCGUGGGGCUGGUGGCAGCAGCCUCGCCUUCCGCUCUUUGGCUCUCGGGCCCUGUGGUCCUCUACUAGGAGACAGCCUGCCCUCGCCUCCUCCACGCGGCCCCCCAGGAGAGGGCACCUGUGCGGUGUGUGGAGACAACGCGGCCUGCCAGCACUACGGUGUACGCACCUGUGAGGGCUGCAAGGGCUUCUUCAAGCGGACUGUGCAGAAAAACGCCAAGUAUGUGUGUCUGGCGAGUAAGAACUGUCCUGUGGACAAGAGGAGACGCAACCGCUGCCAGUACUGCCGCUUCCAGAAGUGUCUGAGUGUGGGCAUGGUGAAGGAAGUGGUACGCACUGAUAGUUUGAAGGGGCGCCGAGGCCGACUGCCCUCUAAACCAAAGAGCCCCCUGCAGACAGAAGCGUCCCCUCCCUCCCCACCUCUCAGCCUGCUGUCUGCUCUGCUCAGAGCUUACUCCCACUGCUCACCCCGGGACCUUGACUACAGCCAGUUCAGCGCUGCAGAUCCUCCCACCUCCUCCUCAGAUGCAGAGCACAUCCAGCUCUUCUACAGGCUGCUCACCAUCUCGAUGGAGACUACGCGAUGCUGGGCUGACCGGCUCCCUGGGUUCUCUGAGCUUCAACGUGACGAUCAGAACGUUCUUAUAGACUCCGCCUUCCUGGAGCUGUUUGUCCUGCGGCUAGCCCACAGGUCCAUGCUGUCAGAGGAUAAACUCGUGUUCUGUAACGGUUUGGUGCUGCACAGGUUCCAGUGCCUUCGGGGGUUUGGGGAAUGGUUGGACUCCAUCCGGGACUUCUCCACCCACCUCCAGAGCCUAAACCUGGAUGCCUCUGCCUUCGCCUGCCUGGCUGCACUCGUACUGCUCACAGAGCAAGUCCCAGGCCUGAAGGACUCAAAGCGGGUGGAGGAGCUGCAGAAUAAAGUCAUUUGUUGUCUCAGAGACCACCUUGGCUGUAGCCCCUCUUCCUCCUCAUCCAAGGCCACGCCCCCUCUGAGUCGUAUUCUUGGUUUGAGGGCGGAGCUUCGCUCCCAGAGGACCCAGGGUCUUCAACGGAUCUUCUACCUGAAGCUGGAAGACCUUGUCCCACCCCCUCCGUUGAUUGACAGAUUUUUGGACACUCUGCCUUACUGAAGGCCUGGACUGACCACACAGAGAAAAAAAUGUUACAAUGUCACUUCCUGUUUCCCCCACCUGAGAGGAGCACGCACACAUAUCAAAAGAGAGACUCACUCUCCUCUGGCUGAUGCAGAGCAGAGAGAGCCAAUCAAAUGCUUUUUCACUCAACGGGACAACCAUUCAAGAACAGCUUUCACUCAAAUGGGCAAAACCAACUUAAUGCUUUUAACCCGUACACAUACGCUUUAUUCCUUUUUAUGUGGUCCUCCUGUUUUCCUCAUGUGGGGGAGCAUGACAAGGCCGAGGUGGAUGAUGGAAAGACAAAUGACUUUUGCUGUCCCCUCUCAUUAACGAGCUCUUUUUAUCUGAGUUUCGGCCUUGCUCAAGCAGUCUGAGGACUGGUUUGUUCGACUGUUUUCAAAUCUGAAGACGAUUCCCAGUGAAGCACAAAUUUCUGUGUAUUCAGUUUCCUCCUAAAAGAGAAGGAAGGGUUGUGUGUGACACUGAGAAGUCAGAGAUCAGACAGCGCUGGCAUGCAGAAACAGAUAAUUCAUAAACACAUGGAAGUGGUUGUUGAGUCGGGGCUCUUGAUUCCAAGUGCAAUUUCUCAAGUGCUAUCUCACAACAAAAAGGAAAAGACAGAGAGGCAACGGUUGAAUUUCAAACUCUAAAUUAUUUUAUUAAAAGUCCUGUACUGGUGGUAGAUUAUACAAAGAGAGGCAGUCUUCGUCUGACUUAAGACAGCAGAGGAGAAACUGUGCACUAACAAUUGAUGACUGAGUCACACAGACUUGAACUUGUAUGUUUUUUAUUAUUAUUAUUAAUUCAUUUUAAAACCAUAGAUCUGGUAGGGUACAGAGGGUUAAACAUGGACAAAUUGGCUUUUAAAGCACUUACACCCUAAGAAGGGCUAGAGGCACAGACACACACCCAAACCCCCCCCCCCCCCCCCCCCCAGAGGAUGGCAAGUGAGUCACGGGGGGUGAGGAGGGUGCUCGACAGAUAGCUGUACAUCCAGGGGUGAAACAUUCCGCAGUCAUGCUCUUUUUCUAUUUGUUUCUAUAUGUGAUUGGAGGCCGUGGGAGAGUGUGGAGGACGACCUGUGUUUGUGUGUGCGCUUAGAGAAGCCAGGAUCAUAUGCAUGGUGUGUUAUCAGAGCUGCCAUAGCCUGUCAAAAACAGCUCGACCUGUGUUUGUGUCCCAGACUGUGGCUCUAUGUGGGGGGACGCCCCAGGAGCUCCACCAUCCACCCACACUCUCACGGCAGCAGUUUGAAAUAUGAAAAGAGCAAAUUAUAUAGAUAUAAAUAUAAAUAUAUAUAUAUACAAAACUAAUAUUUUGAAGUGUUUUUAGCUUUUUCAAAUAUUGUGGUACGAGUUGUGCAUUGUUUUUUGAAGAAGAGAAACAAAAAAAGAAAAAAAGUUGUUGUUUUUCAAUGUCCUUCUUGGUUUGAGUUUCCUGUUCAAUUAUUAUUAUUUUUCUUUCUCUUUGGUUCACUGGAUUUCUGUUCAGCACUUUGAAAUCAUAAACUAGUUCUGA